AUGCCUGCCGACAUUAACGUUGACGUCCUCGUCAUUGGCAUGGGACCUACUGGUCUCGGUGCUGCGAAGCGUCUGAACCAGAUCAACGGUCCUUCAUGGUUGAUCGUGGACUCCUCUGACAAGGCUGGUGGUCUUGCCGGUACCGACACCACUCCUGAGGGCUUCCUGUACGACGUUGGUGGCCAUGUCAUCUUCUCCCACUACAAGUACUUCGACGACUGCCUGGACGAGGCUCUCCCCAAGGAUGACGACUGGUUUGUCCACGAGCGUGUCUCCUACGUCCGCUACAAGGGCCUCUGGGUCCCCUACCCCUUCCAGAACAACAUCUCCAUGUUGCCCAAAGAGGACCAGGUCCGGUGUAUGGAUGGCCUGAUCGACGCCGCCCUGGAGCACCGCGUUGCCAACACCAAGCCCAAGGACUUUGACGAGUGGAUUCUGAGAAUGCAGGGCCCUGGCCUCGCCGACAUCUUCAUGCGCCCCUACAACUACAAGGUCUGGGCUGUUCCCACCACAAAGAUGCAAUGCCAGUGGCUCGGCGAGCGAGUUGCUGCCCCCGAUGUCAAGACCGUCACCAAGAACAUCAUCUUGAACAAGGUCGCUGGCAACUGGGGUCCCAAUGCUACCUUCCGAUUCCCCGCUCGGGACGGUACCGGUGGUAUCUGGAUCGCCGUCGCUGACACUCUCCCCAACGAGAAGAAGCGCUUCGGCAAGCAGGGUACGGUUACCAAGGUUGACGCUGAGAACAAGACCGUCACCAUGGCCGACGGCACCACCAUUGGCUACGGCAAGCUGGUCAACACCAUGGCUGUCGACCAGCUCGUCGAGAAGAUGGGCAACAAGGAGCUCGUCAGCCUGUCCAAGGGCCUCUACUACUCUACCACCCACGUCAUUGGUGUUGGUAUCCGCGGCGCGCGCCCCGAGCGCAUCGGCGACAAGUGCUGGUUGUACUUCCCCGAGGACAACUGCCCCUUCUACCGUGCCACCAUCUUCUCCAACUACUCCCCCUACAACCAGCCCCAGAAGGGAGAGAAGCUGCCCACCCUGUACCUUGCCAACGGCGACAAGGCUGCUUCAUCCGAGGCUAAGGAGGGCCCCUACUGGUCCAUCAUGUUGGAGGUGUCACAGUCCACCCUGAAGCCCGUGGAUGUGGACAACCUUCUCAAGGACUGCAUCCAGGGUCUCAUCAACACUGAGAUGCUCAAGCCCGAGGACGAGAUUGUCUCCACCUACCACCGUGCCUUUGACCACGGAUACCCCACCCCUACCCUAGAGCGUGAGGGUGUCCUGAAGGAGCUCCUGCCCAAGCUCCAGGAUCUUGGCAUCUACUCUCGAGGCCGCUUCGGCAGCUGGAGAUACGAGGUUGGCAACCAGGACCACUCCUUUAUGUUGGGUGUCGAGGCCGUCGACCACAUCCACAGCGGAGCCGUUGAGCUGACCCUCAACUACCCCGACUUUGUCAACGGCCGACAGAACGGCGAGAAGCGUCUGGCUCAGGCUUUCAGCUAUGGCGCCCAGCCUCUGCCCACCCGGGAGAGGAACUAA